AUGAGCGGCCACAGGCCUCCGGAGCUUACUUACUGCCGCGGAUCCCAGAUCAGCCCCGCCGACACGGACCGGGCCACCUCCUGGCGCUCUCCGCUGACACAAAGACAGCCGGUUCUUCCCACGGCGCGACACAGGGGAGCCAGGGGGCAGCCAGUGCAUGCGGUGGCCGCGUGGGACAGGCAGGCCAGACCUGGCCCAGCAGAGAGCAGGCCCGCUCUGGAGGGAGGCACUACCUGGUCUGCCCUGAGGCCGUCUGCUGCUCCAGCAUCCUUGAGAAGAGGCCGAGGUUCAGCCAGCGCCCUGCUCCCAGGACCACAGAGCCAGGAGCCUCAUGGAACGGCUCCCCAGUGCCGCCCGCAGGACGCGGUGUUCAGCAUCUGCGCCUGGACCAGAGCGGCCUCUCCCCGCAGUCCUCCCGGCGUGGAGGCCGCCGCUCCGCUUGCACUCCUCAGCGCAGGCCGGGCGGGUUCCGCAAGGGCCUCCCGCGACAGCCAGGGACCGGACACCCCCGCGAGAGGGGACAGGCGUUCCGCCCACGCCGCGCUCGGCAGCCGCGCGACCCCAUCCCCUCGGAGGUUCGGCCGGCGCCCCGCCGCGGCCCGCCGCCCGGCCGGACCUCAUCCGGCUUCAGUCGGGAGCGUGCGCCACCUGGAGCCACCGGCGGCCUCGGAUGGCCUCGGAUGCCCGCGCAUCCCUGAAGUUGGCCGCUGCUGGAGACACAUGGCGCCGGCGCGUACACCCGCGCGCUGCGUCAUCGCGCAGCCGCCGGAAGCCGGAAGCAGUGUCGUCAGGCGGGGCGCGGGUGCUGCCGCGGGCGGAAGUCCCUUAACGGCUGCAGCGGGCUGGGUUGGAGACCGGGAUGCCGCACCCUCCGGGUUCACAUCGGGACGCACGUCGCCCGGGUCGCCGCUGCACUGCCCUCUGCGGACAAGAUGA